UCAACUCAAGCCAACUCUCUCGACACCCCUGUCCCUCUUCUUGAGAUCCCGGUCUCCACCGGUCCUAUUGAAUCACCUAACAUCUCUGCUGUUGUUGGCGCCGUCACGAUGGUAUCUACUAAUUACCUUGGCAAGCCUGAAGAACAAAGGCUUACACACCUGGACACUUUAGUUAGUUCAGAAGAUGUACAGACUUCGUCAAACACAACUAGCUGCAUUCCCACAUUUUCAGCCAGAAUCAAAACUGCGGCCACUAGUCCUAAUAAGAUUUCUCACUUCACCAAUGCCGGCACAGUCAACGCAGAAAAUUGCCGAAGCACACCUGGUGUUAAAUCAACUCAGGAUGUCGGGAUGUUAAACUCAUCCAAACCGACUACAGGAAGCAGUCUUCUCAAUGUAUCGAAUGGUUCGCUAGGCCGCAAUCCGACUACUCAGCAAAUAGAGUCCAGGACAGAUAUGACUUUCCUGGGCACCGACACAAGUCGUUGCAAGAGCGCCAGCAUAGAGAAAUGGUGA